AGCCGAGCUUUCCUUUUCGGGAGUCCCCGGCACACAUCCUGUGUCCAUGUUUGGUCAUUUACGUCACGGCGCCAGGGCCGGGGCCUCCCGAAAUGGCAGUGGCCCGGGGAGUCGGAAGCCCGGAGCCAGCGCCGCCCCGGCUAUAUAAGUGGGGGGACCGUGGGCUGGGGGAGCCCGGGUGCGCAUUGGAGAGGCCACGAGCCGCCGCCCGAGGCCGGUGCCGGCGAGCCAGGGCGUCGCGGACCCCCAACCCGCUUCCCCGAACCAAGCGUCAGGAGCUUGGAGCUAGGGCGCCGGGCAUCCCCGCCAGCCGCGCGCGCCCCAGCCCAGCGAGGCCCCGUGCGCCCCGCCGCCGCCGCGCCAUGCUCCACCUGAGCGACUUCUCCGGCCCCGACGCGCACCUCGCCAAAGCCACCGAAGGCUGCGCCCACGCCAGCCCCGAGCUGCCCCGGCUGCCCGCCAGGGACGCUCCCUCGGCUGCCACUUACCCCGGAGGCGACUUCUUGAGCUGGGCUCUGAGCGGCUGCGGUGCAGGGGGCGACUUGGCUGACUCCUGCUUCCUGGAAGGCCCCGCUCCCACGCCCCCUCCGGGCCUCAGCUACAGCGGCAGCUUCUUCAUCCAGGCGGUCCCGGAACACCCGCACGACCCGGAGGCCCUCUUCAACCUCAUGUCGGGCAUCUUGGGCCUGGCACCCUUCCCCAGCCCCGAGGCGGCAGCGUCUCGGUCCCCGCUGGAUGCGCCUUUCCCCGCGGGCUCCGAUGCCUUGCUGCCGGACCUCUACUCCCCGGAUCUGAGCUCAGUCGCUUUCCCAGAGGCGUUCUGGGAGGCUGCGCCUUCGGCAGGAGCGCCCUCGCAGUGCCUGUUCGAGCCCCAGCUCUCCCCGCCCGACGUCAAGCCGGGGCUGCGGGCGCCUCCCGCUUCGCCGGCGCUGGACGCUGCCUCGGCCUUCAAAGGGCCCUACGCCCCCUGGGAGCUGCUGUCGGCCGGGCCCCCGGGGAGCUGUGGCUCACAGGGCGGCUUCCAGGCCACCCCCGAGGCGCGCUUCCCCGCGGUAGGGACCAAGGUCGAGGACCUGCUGUCCAUCAGCUGCCCCGCCGAGCUGCCGGCUCCGGCCAGCAGACUUUACCCCGCAGGGGCCUACGACGCCUUCUCGCUGGCCCCGGGGGACUUGGGGGAGGGGACCGAGGGCCUCCCGGAGUUGCUGACCCCUCCGGGCGGGGAGGGAGGGAGCGGCGGCGAAGGCGCUGAGUUCCUGGCCACCUCUCAGCCGCAGCUGUCCCCGCUUGGCCUGCGCGGCGCUGCCACGGUGGACUUCCCCAAAGCCCUGGUGGCCGACCUCCCGGGGGGCAGCGGAGCGGCCCCGCCGGUGUCCCCCGCCGCCGCCGCCGCCGCCGCCUUUCCCUCGGCCAAGGCCCGGCGCAAGGGACGCAGGGGUGGCAAGUGCAGCGCGCGCUGCUUCUGCCCGCGGCCGCACGUCAAGGCCUUCGCCUGCCCGGUGGAGAGCUGCGUGCGGACCUUCGCGCGCUCCGACGAGCUCAAUCGCCACCUGCGCAUCCACACGGGUCACAAGCCCUUCCAGUGCCGCAUCUGCUUGCGCAACUUCAGCCGCAGCGACCACCUCACCACGCACGUGCGCACCCACACGGGCGAGAAGCCCUUCGCCUGCGACGUGUGUGGCCGCCGUUUCGCGCGCAGCGACGAGAAGAAACGGCACAGCAAGGUGCACCUGAAGCAGAAGGCGCGCGCCGAGGAGAGGCUCAAGGGCCUGGGCUUCUACUCGCUGGGCCUCUCCUUCGCCGCGCUCUGAGCUGGAGCUGCCCGGUCCCUCGUCCCCGCUACCCUUCCUGCCUCCUCCACGCACGUCCGGGGCCGCCCGCAGUCCAGCUCCAGUUCUCCCGAAGCGCCCGCCGCA